AUGACAUCUUGGGAUGAACUAUUAGAGCGAAACCGAGUGUACUCGGGGACGCAUAUCCCUAGACCCGACCUCCCAGACGUCAAGCCAUCUCCGAUUAUUAUUUUUUGUUGCAUUGACCUCCGCGUUCCUGUUCAAGAGUUUCUCCAGACUUCGCCGGAAGACGCUUUUGUUAUUAGGAAUUGUGGCGGACGCGUUAAGCCAAAUCUCAAUGAUCUAAUCUUUAUGGAAGCAACUCAAGUAGGCGCGUUGCAAAAUAUCAUUGUUAUUCACCAUACAGAUUGCGGCUUCACCUAUCACAAUGACAAAGGCCUCAAGGAAAAGUUAAAAGUCAGACAUCCGAACCUUGUUGCAGAGGUCGAUUCACUGAGUUGGGAUACUUUUGGUUCUAGCGAUAGGCUGGAAGAAAGUGUCCGGGAAGAUUUGAGUCUUUUGAGAGAACAAAAGUUCAUUCGGCAGGAACUAAAAGACAAUGCCAAAGGUUAUGUUUACGAUAUCAAGACUGGUAUCCUUAAAGAAGUCGUUUGA